UGUGUGCCCAGCAGGAUAAACCCAGCCUCAUCUCUGUCCUCCCCCUUUCUUUCUCUUCGCCUCUAUCCCUUUUACAUUCACCCACACCGCUGCUGCUCUGUGGCAUCCUUUUGUUGCACAAACAAACACAUUUCAAACACACAAACCUUUUUGCGCCUUUCUUUCUCGUCAACUUUUCUGGUGCUGCAGAACUUAAUACUUUGCCUUGAUGGAGGAUUACCACAAACCUGACCAGCAAACAGUCCAGGUGCUGAGGAACAUCGCCAACCGCCUCCGGAUCAACUCCAUCAAGGCGACGACUGCUGCAGGCAGCGGAUUUCCCACAUCAUGCUGCAGCGUGGCAGAGAUCAUGUCUGUGCUUUUCUUCCACACCAUGAAGUACCACCCUGAGGAUCCAAGGAACAUCAACAAUGAUCGCUUCAUUCUGUCUAAGGGUCACGCUGCGCCCGCCUUGUACUCCAUGUGGGUGGAAACAGGGUUUCUUAAAGAGAGCGAUUUGCUUAAUUUGUGCCAGAUUGACUCUCCUCUGGAGGGCCAUCCAUCUCCAAAACAACAAUUUGUGGAUGUGGCCACUGGGUCCUUGGGGCAGGGCCUUGGAGUAGCCUGUGGAAUGGCUUACACUGGAAAAUACUUUGAUAAAUCCAGUUACCGGGUGUACUGCUUGCUUGGCGAUGGUGAGAUGUCAGAGGGCUCUGUUUGGGAAGCCAUGUCUUUUGCCUCCUACUACCAGCUGGACAACCUGGUGGCCAUCUUGGACAUCAAUCGCCUGGGCCAAAGUGACCCCGCCCCUCUGCAGCAUCACGUGGAGAAAUACCAGAGGCGCUGUGAAGCUUUUGGCUGGCACGCCAUCAUUGUGGAUGGCCACAGCGUGGAGGAGCUUUGCAAAGCUUUGAGUCAGCCCCGCCAUCAGCCCACAGCAAUCAUAGCUAAAACCAUCAAGGGCAAAGGCAUUCCAGCUGCAGAGGAUAAACUGGGCUGGCAUGCCAAAGCUCUGCCUAAAGACAUGGCCGAGAUGGUCAUCAAGGAUCUGCAGAGCCGCAUCAUGAGCAGCAGUAAGCACUUGUACCCCCCCCCUCCCACUGAAGACUCCCCACCUGCAAGCCUGAGGAACAUCAGGAUGCCUAGUGCACCCAACUACAAAGCUGGAGAAAAGAUUGCCACUCGGAAGGCAUAUGGGACAGCACUAGCCAAGUUGGGCCGCUACAAUGACCGUGUGGUGGUGCUCGAUGCAGACACCAACAAUCUCACCUACUCUGAGAUUUUCAAGAACGAACAUCCGAACAGAUUCGUCGAGUGCUACGUUGCUCAACAGAACAUGGUGAGCGUUGCCACAGGCUGCGCAGCCCGGGAGAGGAAUGUGGUGUUUGCCAGCACUUUUGCUUCCUUCUUCACUCGAGCCUACGACCAGCUUCGCAUGGCAGCGAUCUCUGAAAGCAACAUCAACUUGUGUGGCUCUCACUGCGGUCUGUCUACUGGCGAGGAGGGGCCGUCCCUGAUGGCGUUGGAGGACAUGGCCAUGUUCCGGACCCUUCCUACAGCAACCAUUUUCUAUCCUAGUGAUGGUGUGUCCACAGAGAAGGCUGUUGAGCUGGCUGCAACCACAAAGGGUGUUUGCUACAUCCGAACCAGCCGCCUAGACAACUCCAUCAUCUACAACAGCAAUGAGGAUUUCCAUGUUGGCCAGGCAAAGGUGGUGUAUCAGAGCAAGGAGGACCAGGUGACGGUGGUUGCAGCUGGAGUGACCUUGCAUGAGGCCCUUGCUGCAGCUGAACAUCUGAAAAAAGAGAGGAUCUCGGUCAGAGUGAUUGACCCUUUCACAAUCAAACCUCUGGACGCCAAAACCAUCAUCGACCACACACGUGCCACCAGGGGGCGGAUUCUUACAGUAGAAGACCACUACUAUGAAGGUGGUUUGGGCGAGGCCAUGUCUUCAGCAAUGGUGAACGAGUCUGGCUUCAACCUCCAGCGCUUGGCAGUGUCCCAUAUUCCCCAUAGUGGCAAGCCACACGAGUUGCUUAAGAUGCACGGCAUAGACCGCGAUGCCAUUGCUCAGGCCGUACGCAAGAUGCUCAGCAGCUCCACCAACGCCAAGUAACUUUUUCUAUGUCCCACCCACCAACUUACAUCUCCUUCAGACGGUGAGAAGUAGUCAAGUAUGUUUCACAGCAGUUUGGUCAAGUUGUUCACUGUGAGUUUUGCUCUAAAUGUGUUCUGAUGUGUUGUAAUCUGUGCUGUUUACCUUUAAAGAGUCCCUUCCUUUGGUGCUUUUAUUGUGUUAUCAACACACACACACACACACACACACACACACAAUUUUGCACACCACACCCUCACGUAUGAUGUCAGCAUUGUUAGAAAUCUGCUCCAGACUUGUCAUUGUUGGAUGCUCAUUGUGUGCAGCACUGCAUUAUUUCAUGCUCCAUGUUUGUGUGUUUAAAAUCCCCUGUUGACCCGAAAAUGAUUUUGUUCGGGUUUAGUGCUCAAAGCUAGGUAGGGCAUCAUUUUAAAGUAGGUUUAUGCUACAACAAGUAGAAGCUAAGUGAGUUGUCGUUGUUGUUGUUGUUUUCAAAGCGUAGAGCACGAUUUUCAACCAAGUUAGGAAAGAGGUUUGGAGAAGUAACCAAAACCCACAGUUCACAGGAUCAGAACAUGACUCGACUUUUGCAUUUUCAAAAGUACAUCCUUUUGACCACCAGGCGUAUGCAGGAUACGUCCUAAUAAACACACUUUAAUGCUGCAGGCCUGUCAGGCCUAUCCGGUUCUGACAGAGAGAAUAUCAUGAAGGCUGCAGCAGCUACAAUGCAGGGCGAGCGAACAGCAGUUUCUUAACCAUUUGUAUGUCUCCUACUUUCAUGAAAUAAAUGUCUGGAUUUGACUUUGAAGAA